GAAACAAAGGCACUGAAGGCAGCGCAGGGCAUGAGAUGGACGUACUCCCUCUCGCACAUGCCUCAAGGUGACGGCCAAGAGGUCAAACAAGGGCGCAACCAGGGCAACACACCAUCGCCCUACCACCUCCCUCCAAACGUUGCAAUUGUCUCGCUACAGGAGCUAGCACCCAAUGAGGUGACAGUCCGAUUUGCACAUCUGUACGAGGCCAAAGAGCAUCCCCAGCUGUCCAGCCUAGCCUCUGUUCAUCUCCCUUUGCUCUUCGCCUCACGAAAGCGCCCUGCUGCUGCACGCCAGCACGCCCUGCAGCCGCUCGCCUACUGCCGUGCGCCUGCUGCCGCGCACCUGUUGCAGCACGCUUACGCGCCUACUGCGUUCCCUGCUGCCGCACACCCUGCUGCCACGCGCCCUCCUGUCAUGUGCCUGCGUACCCUGCUGCCAUGA